AUGUCGAAUUCUUGCGAGAAUAAUAUUCCCAAAAAUCCCGUUCAAGCAAUAGAACCACCAUCCUUCCCAGAGCAAGCAUAUACUACCUCAAAUGGAUAUGAAACUGGAAUUCCAAUCAUGGGAUUUCGAUCGGGCCGAUACAUUCCAGUGGAGGCUCGACGAAACCUUCAGAAUCGCUUACUUUUAGUCGAGAAAGACGUUGAAAUCAGUCAAAAGUUUAGAGAAAAUACUGCAGAUUUAAUAUGUUCUACACUUGAGAAGACUAAAUAUAAUUUUGCGAAUACCACGGAGAGUUUUCGAAGCCGUUUACAAGAUAUUCAUCAUUGGGCUAGAGAACUUGAAAGUGAAAUUAACCGUUCGGUUUCAGUAACCGAUUUUUUAAUCAAGAGAUUUGGCGAACUUGAAACAAGUCUCAAAGCUUUAGAUGAAUGCCUUUUACUGACUUCAGAUGGCAUUAACGCUAGGCAAAGACGAUUUGGUGAAGAUCUUCAACAAGAUGCAGUUGAACUACAGCUUUUACGUGAACUCGAUAUGAUAAACAAACACAUAGCGUUUACGAAGGAAGCAAUUACAAGCAUAAACGCUCAAGUAAAAAAAAACCGCGAGGCAAAGACGAAUAUGGAGAAGGCCUGGAGUGAUAAGCACGAAGCGGACCUUCUUGAUUCAGAGGCUGCCCAUCUGAGCAUUACUAGUGGCAACACGCAAUAUUAUGCUGGAGAAGCCAGGGCAUGGCCUCAAGCAGCACAAUCAACACCAACUUCCUGGAUGCAACAUGCACACGACCUCAUUCUGGUCUCUGAGGAGCAAAGAAGGGCCUCUUGCUACCUCUCUGAUUUGGUUGAGAAACUUCUAAUUUCCACUGAGAAAACUAUCAUUGCACAGAAGGAUCGCGUCAAUGUUGCCAUGCUGAAAAGGCUGGAGGAAUAUGAGUUUGAAAAGCAGGAAUUAAUUAGCAAACUUGGAAGGUUGAGCGAGGAAAUAAUGAAGGUGGAGGAGAGUAUAGAGGAACUGAAACGCGCAAAGGCAGCAAAAGACGCCUACGUAAAGAUAGUUCAAACUCGACUUCACUUGCACAAUCAACGUAAAAAUGUGGAGAACUGUCGUGAUCCACCCCAGCAAUUAAUGCUGAACGAGCUUCAUGACCUUAAUGAAAUGACUGAUCAGCUGGAAAAUCAGAUUCAAUCAAGUAUUGAAAAGUUGAAGCAUCUUCAAGAUGAACAAUUGGUUUUGGAACGACAAAUUCACAUGAAGAAUGCCUCAAUUCAAGUCGACAGGGAUCAUUGCGUCCGUCACAGAGAACGCUUCCCAUCACCUCAUAGACUGCGAGGUCACUAA